AAAAGGUCAACGACGACCACGAUGACACGGAAUUCGAUGCUCAGACUUGCGCUCGGUGCUCUACCUCUCUUGGCUGGGAUGGAGGGAGCUUAUGCGGGGAGUAAUGGGCUCGCUAUAACACCCCAGAUGGGAUGGAACACCUGGAACCAUUUUGGAUGUGAUAUCAGCGAGGAUACGAUUGUUUCUGCUGCACAGGCGUUCGUGAAUUACAACUUGACGCAGUACGGCUACGAAUAUAUUCUUAUGGACGACUGCUGGCAAGCGCCAGCGAGGGAUAAUGCGACUGGAGCCCCUGUGGCGGACCCGGACAAGUUCCCGAAUGGCGUGAAGGAUCUCUCGGACAAGAUCCAUGCAAUGGGAUUGAAGUUCGGUAUUUACAGUAGUGCGGGAACCUACACUUGUGGCGGCAAGUUCGGUUCACUUGACUAUGAGGAGAUCGACGCGCAGACGUACGCGGACUGGGGAGUCGACUACCUGAAAUACGACAAUUGCUACAACCAAGGCCGCGCCGGCACGCCUCUCAUCUCUUACGAACGCUACAAUAACAUGAGCAUGGCGCUCAAUGCCACGGGUCGACCUAUACUCUACAGUAUGUGUAAUUGGGGAGAAGAUGGGCCUUGGAACUUCGCUGUAACUAUCGCGAAUUCGUGGCGAAUUUCUGGAGAUAUCUUCGAUGUAUAUGAUGGCUACGACGACCGCUGCCCCUGCACCUCCAUGCUGGACUGCAAGCUCGCGGGCUUCCACUGUUCCAUGACCCGAAUCAUCGACUUUGCUGCGCCGCUCGGACAAAAGGCCGGUCCUGGGAAAUGGAAUGAUCUUGAUAUGUUGGAGGUCGGAAAUGGAGGGAUGAGUUACGAUGAAUAUGUCACACACUUCUCGAUGUGGUCCAUUCUCAAGAGUCCACUCAUUCUUGGGAACGACGUGACGGAUAUGACCAACGACACCCUCGAAAUCAUUACGAACGAUGCCAUCAUCGCUCUCAACCAAGAUUCGUCCGGAUCACCUGCUGUCAGGAUCUGGAAGAAGGCUACGAACGACACGGGGAGUGGGACCGGGGAUCUGAGUCUUUGGGUCGGCUCGUUGGCGAACAGUGAAUACGUAAUUGCACUGAUGAACACCUCGCCGAGCUCACAAGAGGUUUCGUUAUCAUUCAAGGAGAUAUUCGGGGACCAGGGUUCUUCCGCCCAAACAGCCUCCUGGACACUCUACGACCUCUGGCAAAAGGACAGCACCGGAGCCUGGGGGCUGAACACCGGGACGAUGCAAGGGAGCAUUCCGAAUGUGAAUAUUGGGGCGCAUCAGACGAAGGUGUGGAAGGCUGUGCAGGCGAGUGGGUCGACGACGAAGAGGAGGGGGAGUGUGGUUGAGUUGUAAGUGUGGGGGCUUACGCCGUAAGUCGUAAAGGAGAGGGAGUCAGAGGAAGUCGCGAUAUCAGAAAGGGUGGUUCAGUAAGGAAGAGACCAUUGGACGAUUUCUUGGACGUAAGUACGCAUAUGCACGAGAAGAGACAAGGAUCUGUAUGUACGAAUGAUAACGAUAUCGAUGGCGGUUCUUAGCAGGACCGCACUUUUGGGCCACACAUUGUCGCGAUGUGGCACAAUG